AUGGCUUUUCGACGUCCUAUGAUGCUGUCGACCGUAGCGUCGACACCAUUCCUUUCCGUGGCUAGCAAAACCUCCCGGGCAGCAGCCAGUCUUCCCCGGUUUACCACAUCCAGAGCUUCCUCCAGCUCGACCUCGGCAUUGGCCUACAAGGCGCUGCAUCGUCGCUCUCCUCUCCCUCUCCCCGUGUCCGAUGCCUCGCCGCAAUGGGACGCUCCCACCGCUGUCUCGUCGAUCCUGUACGAGACCCCCGUCGCCCCGACCAACCCUCCGAAGCGUCAUAUCCUGAACUGCCUGGUGCAAAACGAGCCCGGUGUGCUGUCACGCGUAUCCGGAAUUCUGGCCGCCCGUGGCUUCAACAUUGACAGCUUGGUCGUCUGUAACACCGAGGUAGAGGAUCUGUCUCGCAUGACCAUCGUCUUGCAGGGCCAGGACGGCGUCGUCGAGCAGGCCCGCAGACAGCUAGACGACCUCGUCCCCGUCUGGGCCGUCCUCGACUACACCAACUCCGCGCUGGUGCAGCGCGAGCUGCUCCUCGCCAAGGUCAGCAUCCUCGGCCCCGAGUUCUUUGAGGAGCUGCUCCAGCACCACCGCGAGAUCACCACUCAGGAGGGCCAGACGGACAAGACUGCCAAUGUGGAUUUCACGAAGCGGGAGUUCCACCCUCGCCAUCUGCCUACCAGCCAGGCUCUGAGACACAAGCACGAGCAUCUCGAUGCCAUCACCCGUUUGACUCACCAGUUCGGCGGCAAGGUUCUGGAUAUCAGCACCAACAACUGCAUCGUUGAAGUUUCUGCCAAGCCCUCUCGUAUCGAUUCCUUCCUCAAGCUCAUCAACCCCUUCGGUAUCCUUGAGUCCACACGGACCGGUCUCAUGGCCCUCCCUCGCUCUCCUCUCGCUUCUGAGCCCAGCGAGGAGAUUGAGAAGGAGGCCGCUGACGUGGUUGAUGUCAGCACCCUCCCCCCUGGUUAA